ACGUGACUCGAUACAUGGAUCUGCACAUGGCAGGCAGAAAUCGUCGAAGUCGAAAAAGUCGUCGAAGUCAGAUUCAUCAGGAAGAAAAAAAUCUAGAGAGGAACGUGGUGACGCGAAAGCAGGCACGAAAAAGCACAGAAAAGAGAACAACAAAGAGAAAGAUGCUCCUGUCAAUUGUAGGUACCCGCCUCGGGGACCCCCUGGUCGGAAUCAUACGGCUGGGCUCGCCG